AGUUGAGAUUAGGCGGUACGUUUUGUGGUGUCUUCAGGUCUUCGUGUCAUCGGUCUGCUCGCACUGUAGGAGUCAGAUACCAAAUACAAACCAUUGCGAAUAAAUGCUUCCUUUGUAUCCUUCAGAAAGCAAAGUAUCCGCCCACCUUUUCCUACACGACCGCUUUUAAAGCCAUUACACCCUUACCUCCAUUCAUUUUGAUCGUCGCCUUCUCUCCUUCUCUGUUUUGGGUCACCACCUGCGUUCCAACCUUUGCAUAGAAGACGGUAGGCGGAGAGGAAGAAUGAGGCAGUUGUAUACGAGGAGCCGAAGGCUCAAGCGCCUCCUCUCGGUCACUCUUGGAAGAAGGAGCCGAGAAGAAGCGAGCACGGAGGAGGAUGACUCCUCUGUUCGGGCCAGUACAUUGAUGGAGCCUUUGCUUGAUGCGAACCCGCCCCUGAAACCCACUUGGAGAUGCUUCUCCUAUGGCGAAAUCCACAGCGCGACCAAUGGUUUUCAUAAAGAUAACUUGGUGGGCCGAGGUGGGCACGCGGAGGUGUACAGGGGAGUGACGGCGGACGGGCAGGCCGUGGCCGUGAAGAGGCUGAUGAGGGCUUCCACGGACGAGCAGAGGGAGAAGGAUUUCCUGACGGAGCUCGGCACCGUCGGCCACGUGCGGCACCCCAAUGUCUCCGCCCUCCUUGGCUGCUGUAUCGACCGCGACCUCCACUUGAUCUUCGAGUUCUCUUCGCGCGGCUCCGUCUCCUCCAACCUCCACGACGAGAACUCGCCCCCCAUGGAUUGGAAGCUGCGGCACAGCAUCGCCCUCGGCACCGCCAGGGGGCUUCAUUACCUCCACAAGGGGUGCCAGAGAAGGAUCAUCCACAGAGACAUCAAGGCCUCCAACAUACUCCUCACAUCCAAUCUCGAACCUCAGAUCUCAGACUUUGGCCUCGCCAAAUGGCUUCCGUCGGAGUGGACUCACCGUGCCGUGGCACCAAUCGAAGGGACAUUCGGGUGCUUGGCGCCGGAGUACUUCAUGCAUGGACUCGUGGGCGAGAAGACCGACGUCUUCGCGUUCGGCGUAUUCCUGUUAGAGAUGGUAUCAGGGAGGAAGCCAGUGGAUGGUUCCCACAAGAGCUUGCUCAGCUGGGCCCGACCUUUCCUAAAAGAUGACACGAUACAGAUGCUGGUUGAUCCAAGAUUAGGAGAAGAGUACGACAUGGGGCAGCUGCGAAGGCUCACCUUCGCGGCCUCUCUUUGCAUCAGAGCCACAUCAACAUUGCGCCCUUCCAUGACCGAGGUAUUGGAGCUGUUGGAAGGCAGUGAGAUCUCGCAAGAUCAAUGGAAGAUCCCCGAGGAAGAAGACGAACAAGAGUUUGGGGGCUUCGAUGAUCUCGAUGAUGACGAUGACGACGAUGAUGAUUGCGAUACUCCAUCGACGUCUUCGACGGGCAGCUCCCAACCACAGUUCUCAUAGAUAGCCCAUUUGUGUGGGAUGAUGAGAAGCAAUGUAGCGUAUUAGCACUGCAACGUUGAUAUUAUCUUAAACACAUGCAGCUUGGAGACAAGUGGAGAAGAGGUUGUCUGCACAGAACGCCAUCAACGGACUCUCUUCCAUUAUUUGCUCAAUUGGGAAGAAGGAAGAUGAAGCAGUUUUUGUGUAGGUGGCAUUUUUGUCCAGCUUCGUGACAGACAAGAUUAGUAGAGAUGCUUUGGAUGGAAGGAAGCUAAAUGAUUGGUUGAGGUAAGGUUGGAUGUUGCCCACCUACUGUGGUGGGUUGGACAGGAAAGAAGAAGAAGAAAAAGAAGAAGAAGAAGAAAAAGAAGAAGAAGAAGAAGAAGAAGAAGAACAACAACAACAGCAGCAAUGGCAUCAGUGUGUUGGAGUAGUGCAUAAACCAAAAAGCUUUGAUGAGGAGGAAGUUGACAUGGAUCCAGUGACAACGUUCUUAAGGAAGACAGGAGGUAUCUUCUCAUACCAACCUGGACCUGCUCUAUCUCAGACAAGUUGCAGAAUAAUGACCUCCCAACAGCUGAAGGUGAUGAAUGGCCAAGCUGGAAACUCACGGAUUGUUUGGGAUCAAGAAUUAUUAUUGUUUGGCACUUUCAUAUUCCCACGCUAACAUUAGAACGAGUAAAUGAUACAUUUAAUGUAUGACCUCUGCAGUUUCUGAAGCAUAGGCCAUUUCAAAUCUGCCUACCAUUCUUGGAGCUCAACCUAACUCUCAAACACAUGGAUGAGAGUUUCAAACAAUGCCAACAGCAGUGGCGUGCAGAUGUUUGAAAUAAUGUUGAGCUUCCCAUACAAGUUACAAGGACAUGUGAUUGAUGAGAGAUAGAGAUAAGGAAGGUGGUGAGAUCUUCCAAACUCUUGUGAUUCCCAUUGAUGCAUGCACUGGCACUAAGAGUACACUUCUUUGACCUAAACAGUGUGCUCUUCCCUAGAAAAACUCUGUAGUCCAAGACUUUGAAUCUCUACUGACAAACCUCAGGGACACCUGAGAGAUCUGAUCAAGCUGGUAUUUUUUCUUGUA